AAUCCUCUUAUUGGAUACUGUAAAGUUUGGGACAGGACACCGGUCUAGCUCAGCAUCCACUUCACUAUUCGCUAGUCUCCCCAGUCCGUCAAGUGGACUUUGACAGGCCGCCACACCCACUGAUCUCUGGCGCCGAUGCUGACUGGCUACUGUACCUGUCAACGACCUCUCAUUGGUCGGCUUGCCCAGCUGUUAGUGGUUCAUUCACCAUUUUGUGACUGUAGUGGAAAAGAAGAGCGAUAGUUUUUUAUAUCCUUGUUUGAGUUUCUGUGGGGGAAAGACAUGUUUUGCGGAGGAAAAGUAAAGAGUGAGUCCGGCCCGCACAGCCACCACAGCCGACAGCCGAGGGAUGUUACCAUGAGUUACGCGAACCUCCUCAUCGGCAAAAUAAGACCAUAAAUCUUUCUCUGGCCAGUGGUGAAAAGCUCUGUUUGGGAGCUGCGAGUUACCACGACGCGAGAGCCAACUGCCAACGGUCGGUCGUUCGGUUGUUCCGCUACCGUGUGAAGAAAUGGAGUGACAACGCGAGGAAGUAUCGAGAGAAAGGGGAGGGGUGUGGGGGGGUGUAACAGCCUAAAAACUUUCUGAAAUGUUUUUACCGCAGUCCCACGGACACCCACGGAACAUUUCAGCUCCGUUAAAACGGCGAGAUUCCAGUACAGAGGGAACAGAAAAAACGUGCAAAAGAAAAAGUGUUGGAAAACAAGGAGUGCUUUGGAAGUAGAAAAAAAAGGAAACGCCGUGCAAUCUGCAGGACUUGGUGAGCAGUGAAGAAAAGAUGAGGCCAUUAAAGAAACACAGAGGGCGUUCUCCCCCGUUAACUAGAGGCAGAGGGGGGAGGAGGAGAGGGGGCUCUCAGCCUCCCCAAGAAAAGGACCCCAGAAGAGUCAAGAGGGAGACUCUUGUCAAAACCACACAAAGCACCCCUUCCAAACGCAAACACGGCCAACCCAACUCUGACAAGGAACCAAUCACAAAUAGCAAUACCCCCAUGAGGGAGGAGCCUACUGAACUGAGGAAACCUGUGGAGUCAGCUGAGAAUGGUGGAAAGCAAGCAGAAGAAAAGACAGAAAAGGAGAAGAUAGCGGGCACAAAUGGAAACAGUACUAUGCCCGCUGAUUCUGUAGCAUUUCCUACCUCUGCCCCAGCGCCACUCACCACAGCUACACCCUCUAUAGCCACCAGUCACAGCCCCAGUUUAGGCUCAGUUUCUAGUAGGAAAACAGCCACGUUUAAGGCUCGUGUACCCAAAAAAAAAUACACAUAUGAGCACUUUGCCAACAGUGCAAGUGUUACAUCUACCAUUCCUACCUCCAGCCCUGCUCUCGUAAAUAACAGUUACUGCAAUAUCAGCAGCAAAGUUAGUGAUAGUGUUAAUAGUCCCAAUAACCAUUUCAAGACUAGUAACAGUGUUAGUAAUAGCAUUAAUAAAAGCACUAACAGUAGUACUAAUAGUAACGCUACAAGUGGUAUUAAUAACAUGAGCAGUAACAGUUGUGAUGGGAGCCAUACUACUUUUAUCAAUAGCAGUAAUAGCAUAAGUAACAGUUGCUCAGGUAAUCAGCCAUCAGUGCUAACUGUGGACAGUAAAGCUACAGAAGCAAACCAUUUUGUCUCCAUGGAGGAUAAAACCCUCAGGACAGCAGAUUCCCAGGAAAAAGCGUCCCAGUCUGGGGAAAAUGAGCCUGAGGGGGCCCCGAACUCUGUGCGCUCCUCCUCCACGGAUACAGCUAGUGAGCACUCGGCUGACCUGGAUGUGAUGGAAGCAUCAGGACCAAGUCUUCAUCAGAAGAACUACCACAUCCCAGCUCCUCUACACAACUCACACCCUAAAGAGCCCAAUCUGUCAGAGGGGCUAGCUGAAGCUCUGGCCAAAGGCAUGAAGAACCAGAGAGUCCUGGCUCGCUGUGUCACAAGCGGUGGUGAGGCUACGAAUAGUGGACACUCACGCCCCCCGUCACAUAUUUUUAGACCAGGGGUGGUGCGUAGGGUGUGUGGGGGUACUGUCGAAGUUCAGCUCCAAGGAGAGGAGACCCUUGUAAAAUAUCCAUUUCAUAGUGGAAGUACAAUGACGUCGUCAGGGACUGAGAGCACUGUGGAUUUUAUUUUAGAUGCCCCCCCACCUGGCAUGACACCUGUAGCUGUUGGGACCCAAGUGUGUGUUCCGUUUGGUGGGGAGGAAGGAGAAUCUCUGUUGUACAGAGAGGGGAUUGUUACUGAGGUGGACCCACACCCUGGUGUCUCAUUUCCUUACCAGGUGCUCCUGAGUGAAAAAAAAGAAACUCUGGGUGGAGGGGCAAUAGAGGAGAAAGAGAAAAGGAGCACAAGCAGCCAGGCUGUGUGGGUGUCCCGACAGAGCCUGAGAUUACUCACUCCUCCUUGGGAGGUCUCACAUUUAGAUGGUGGGAGAGCAAAGGAGAGAGAGCGGGAGAGAGAACGGGAAGAGAGACAGCGGCGGGAGGAGAUGGAGGUCGAGAGAGAGGUUUGCCAGCUGAGUAUUGGAAUGGGAGUGUUGGGAGGUGGAGUAAGGCUGGGUCAUAGUUUUUCACAUGGCGGGGUUAUAGGAGGACAUAACUAUGGAACCGUACAUCCACCCACAAAUUCCUCCACUGGGACUUCUAGUGCCGUUACCAGCACAGGUCACGGAUGCAGCGAUAAUUACUCUGAUCGAGAAAGACAGAAAGAGCCAAACACACCAGAAGAAGAUGUUGAGGUGUCUCGUUUUACACACACCGUUAGUCAUAAGACAAAUCCUGCAACCUCUCAGCACAACAGCAUCCUCUGCAAGUCCAGCAGCUAUCCUCCCUCCUCCCCCCACCUCUCUGUGGUGAGAAGCUUGGGACCCCCACACCUCUCCACUGUAGCUAGUCCUCAGCCAACUCCAUCCCCAGCCUUACUGGGGUCUGAAAUGAACAACACCACUUUAAACCUACCUCCAUCCAAAACCACUCCUACUCAGACCCUUACUCCUACUUCUGGUGGGGGGUCCUCCUCUACCUCCUCGCGCUCAAGGACGCCCCUUUCAUUGGCUCAGCAGAAAUACAAAAAGGGUGAUGUUGUCUGCACACCUAAUGGUAUCCGUAAGAAGUUCAAUGGUAAGCAGUGGAGGAGGCUGUGCUCCAGGGAGGGUUGUAUGAAGGAGUCUCAGCGCCGAGGAUACUGCUCUAGACACCUGUCCAUGAGGACCAAAGAGAUGGAGGCUGCAGGUGCAGAGAGGGGAGGAGGAGGAGGCAGCAGCUCAGGGACAGUCACCCCUUCUGACCUCCGGGGAAGAGCAAGCAGUGAGUUUGAGUGGGACGACACAUCAAGAGAGAGCAGUGAGGCCAGCAGCAGAGGAGACUCCAGACCCCGACUGGUCCUCCCCUCCCUCCUCCCUCAUGACCUGUCGUCACGGUUUGACUUUGAUGAGUGUGAGGCUGCCACCAUGCUGGUGUCAUUAGGAAGCUCCCGCUCUGGCACCCCCUCCUUUUCUCCCAUCUCCAACCAGUCACCCUUUUCCCCUGCCCCCUCUCCCUCGCCCUCUCCACUGUUCGGUUUCAGGCCGGCCAACUUCUCCCCGAUUACGGCAUCCCCGGUCUUGCAACAUCGGAGGCACAGACAGCCCAGUGGCACAGGGGGAGGAGGGGGAGGGGGCAGUAAGGCAUCAUCCACAUCUGGAGGAGAAAGGGAGAGACACACUUCAGGCGUCCAACCCACCUUACAGAGUAACCUUACGUUUACAGUCCCCAUGAGCCCCAGUAAGCGAAAGCCAGAUGCACCUCUUCCACCACCCUUGCCCUCACAUCACCAUGAUUACACACCCAAAACAGAGCUGGAUCCUGGCGACCAUAACAGCUCUUUCAGAGUGCUGUCACCCCAAACGCCAGCUUUGCAUUCCCGCACACACACUCCCACCUUCUCCCGACCCAGAGGAGUGACCACUCCCUCCUCCAGCAGGCCCCCUUCUUCCACUGCUGUCUCCCCUCCUCCUCUUCUGGUGUCCCCAACUCCUCCUUCUCCUCUCACUACUGACGGAGGGCCUCGUCGUGUGGUCCCUGUUUCCCAACAGGCCUUGCGGGACUCUCCUGUUAUUGUGAGGAAUCCCGAAGUCCCACUGGCAAAAUUUACAGAGUGUCCCCUGGGAAGAGGAGGAGUAGGUGGUGUUGGAAAUGAGGGAGGGAAGGAAAACAGUUUGUCUAAAGACAUCACCCAAACCCACCUGACUCCUCAGCCAGUUUCUGGCCUCCAGGUUCCUGUCCCAAUUAACGCUGCUGCAGCCGCAGUACCUAAUGGCACUGUCCUCUUACGGAGCCCAGCCCAAACUCUGGUGCUCGUGUCCCCAACACCUUCCUCCUUGCCCACCGCUGACACCCCUGCUACUGCGCUGCAGGCCCUGUCAGUUACUGUCAGCACAACGGUCACAGUUCCUGCUCCAAGUAGCACGGACAGCUGUGGGGAACGAGAAGAGAACAGGGGCGCAGGGUUUGGUGGUGAGGUCCAGCAGCCAGUUCCCUGUCACCCUUCCCCCACAGCUCUGCUGCCCCUGAUCCUGCCAGCGGAAAGUCUUCACCCCGUCCCACGCAAGGACAUCAUCAUGGGACGUCCAGGCACAGUGUGGACCAAUGUAGAGCCCCGGUCAGUUCCAGUCUUCCCUUGGCAUUCAUUGGUCCCCUUUCUGGCACCUACCCAAUCAGAUGCUACUUGUCAGCCAGGAGAGGGCCAGCACCCAGUCAACCACCCUCAAGCAGCCAGUCUGAAGACGGAGUGUCAGGGGGUGGCAGCGCUGCCACAGGAGCCUGCAGAGGCACCUCCCACUGUAGAGAGAGGUCCCCCAUCAAGGCCUCCCCCUGCUUCAGAUGAGCCGCCUCCAGAGAAAGAGAAAGGAGAUACAGAGAGGGAGAGGCCUGACAGUGAAACUGAGAGUGAUGUGGAUGACCCCUUCCUUCCAGGAGUCGUACAAGAGCAGCCUCUCUCUACAUCACCAGGAAAGAGACGUACUCAGUCGCUCAGUGCACUGCCCAAAGAUGGAGACAAGAGCAGCCCUGGAAAGAGGGAGAAGGACCACAUCAGGCGACCAAUGAAUGCAUUUAUGAUUUUCAGCAAGCGCCAUCGAGCAUUGGUUCACCAGCGUCACCCGAACCAGGACAACAGGACAGUCAGCAAGAUUCUUGGGGAAUGGUGGUACGCUCUAGGACCUAAAGAGAAACAGAAGUACCAUGAUUUGGCUUUCCAGGUCAAAGAGGCCCACUUCAAGGCCCACCCAGACUGGAAGUGGUGCAAUAAAGACAGAAAGAAGUCCAGCUCUGAAGGUCGUGGGGUACCAGGGAGCAAAGACAUCAGAGAGAGGAGCAUGUCUGAAUCCACAGAGCCCCAUUCUGUUGAGCUGAAGGGUGUCAGUCCAGGACUGGUGGGCGUGUCCGAGAGGACUACAGGAGAGGGCCAUGCGAGCCAGCUUACUCGCCCCAGAGCCUUCUCCCAAAGUGCUGUGCACAGCCUGGAGCGGAGUGACAGGGGUAAUACGCAAGCCCUUGCAGAACUGGCACAGAUGUGUGGGGAUGGUGGCAAUCAGUUCUCGAGCCAUGCCCCUCCUUUGGCACAGUCUCAGCGUGGGGUCAGCGAGGACAUGACCAGUGAUGAGGAGCGCAUGGUCAUCUGUGAGGAGGAGGGAGAUGAUGAUGUCAUUGAGGACCCUUAUCCCAGCAGCUCCAUAGACCUCAAGUGUAAGGAACGUGUGACUGACAGCGAUAGUGAGAACGGUUCGGGUGAUGAAAGCGAUCGAAAGAGAGUUUUUGCUCCAGUCAUUUGCUCUUCUGCUUCCUCCUCUUCCUCACACCAUACUCCUCAUGGUAGGAGCGUCUCACUGUCCUCCUACCCCACCACCAAGCGCUAUGAUGAGGGGAGAUCAGGAGGGGGAGCAUUUAUGGACCACAGGAGGAAGGAAAGAGCAGAGGGAGAGAAUAAGGAUGCAUUUGGAGGGGAGGAAGGUGGAAGUGGGCAAGCCACUUCUCUCUCCCUUUCUUCUGGUCAGUCAGUCAUGUCCACUUCUCCAGCCGGAGGGCCUCUUCCCUCAUCAGUAAGUUCGCUGGGGGCGAACCCACUCCUUAGGGUGGCCUCUACAGUGGUGACCAAUGUAAUGCGUCCUGUUAUCAGCACACCGCUCCCUAUCGCUAGCAAACCUAGAGAUGGAGCCACUUCAUCCAACCCUCACCCUUCCGAAAGGAAGUCUCUGACUCCCCAGCAGCAGCCACAACUCUUGAUUGGUUCAGCUUCAGGAGGCGGGGCCACAGCCACAGGGGGUGGGUACUAUUCUUCGUCAUCACCCAGUCCAGCUAUGGGUCCAGGUGGUGUAGUGACUAAUUUAGUGUUAGGAGGGGCUUUGCCUCCCCAACCCUCUAUACAGCUUGUAACCCCCUCCCCACAACCCCAGCCAUCUCAGCCGCAGGCUCUUCCACCCACUGCUGUUUCAGCUCAGCAUAGCCAAACCAACGGGCCCCUGCCUCUGCCCCUGCUUCAGCCCCAGUUCCUUCCUGCUUCCUCCCUGGCACCCCCUGGGAGUAAGGCCAUCACUCAAGUCCAGUACAUUCUGCCUACCCUACCUGCCAACACCAACCCAAAGAGUCCACCUCAGCAGCUCAGCCAGCCAACCAGUGUCUUCAACCUGCCCACAGCUCCACCGACACAUGUGUCCUUGGCCAAUGGAAAGCAACAGGGUACAAGUCCACUGACGGGAUACACGUCCAGCUCAGCAGUCGGAGUCGGCCCAGGAACUAGAGUGCAAGCACAGUCUCCGGCGCUCCAGGGUAAAAUGCUUGUUCCCAUGGCAACAGUGCGGACUGCGCCAGCACCUGCCCAGCAGUUUCCGAUUGUGGCUCCACCUCUUCCUGUCCAGAAUGGAGCUCAGUCCGGAAGCAAGAUCAUCCAUAUAGCUCCUAUGCCCGUUGUUCAAUCUCAGCUGCCUCAGGGUGGAGCAGUACAUCCUGCCAGCCCCUUCCCUGUAACAGUGGGCACAGCUGCUGUGGUAGCACCAGGAUCAGCCCCCUCCCAGGCUGUUCUAGUGCCACCAGCACCUACAAGGAUCACCUACGUCCAGUCCACUCCAGGGGUACCAUCCACCUUGCCUCUAGUCUCCAAUGCAACAGCCUCCUCCCCUUCGCAGCAAGCUCUGCCAGUUCCUGGGUCUGCAUACGUACCCGCGCCCCUUGCAACUCUUGGGUUCACAGCCAUUGCCCCGCCUGGACAGACGCUUGUACAGCCGCUGAUUGCAGGUCAACCACCACUCCUGGCCACAGCUCAGUCUCCACAGCCCUCCACCUCAGCCCCUGCUUCAGGCUCCGGGGGCCAGAUAGUAACUGCCAUCUACCCUCCUUCACCUAGCGUCACCAUGGCAACAGGGGUGGUCUCCAUGGCAGCAGUACCCCCCAGCGUGGUCUACUCUGUCUCCAGCCCGUCGAGCGCUUCUCCCCACAUCCUGCCCAAACACACAGCAACCCCCUCCAUCAUCACGCACCCACAUCCGGACAGACAGACUGACAGGCACCUGCCUCCGGACAGACCUGCGGAUCGACAAACUGACAGGCAGACGGAGAGGCAGGCAGAACUGCUGACACAUUCGGAAAGACAGCUUGAGAGGCAGACGCAGCCCUCCAGCAGCUCAGCGGCGCCUCCCAGUGGCUCUGCUGGCUCCAUAAGGCCCUGCAGUCCUUCGCUUCAGAUCCAAACACUCGGAAGCACACCAGGCACACCCAAACUCACCCUGCUUCCAGUCAGGGUCCCACAGAAAGUGAAGGCAACAGUGGCCACCAUUCCCGUAGGCAGCUAUGAAGGAGGAGGCCGAGGGAAGGAGAGAGAGCGUGACAAAGACAAGGAGCGAGAGCGGGAGCGAGAGAGAGAGCGAGAAAAGGAGAGGGAAAGGGAAGCUGCAGCCAACAGUCAUUUUGCCUUUGAUCUUGAACCGCCGGGGCAGACGGCGUCUCCAUCAGCACAUCCCACAGAGGAACCAGCAUCCUCACUGGAGGGCUCCAGUGCUGGAGACUCCUCUGACUCAAGAAACAGGGAAAGCACAACCGCCAAAGAGGCUGGGUGGAAGGAGUCCCUCCCCUCCUCUCCUCUCCCUCCUCCAUCAGCCACAGAGCCCGCCCUGCCACCUCCACAGACUGACAAAGAAUGUCCCACACCCAAAAAGGUCAAAGCCCGCCCACCACCUCUGAAGAAGACCUUUGACUCUGUUGAUAAGACUGGAAGGGUGUUGUCAGAGGUGUACUUUGAGGAACGAUUUGCCGAGCUGCCAGAGUUUCGACCCGAGGAGGUUUUGCCGUCACCGACUCUGCAGAGCCUGGCCACCUCACCUCGUGCCAUUCUGGGGAGCUAUCGCCGCAAGAGGAAGAACUCAACAGAUUUGGACUCUGCUACAGACGAGCAAAUCUCCCCAAAGAGGAAGAGUCGGCGGCGUUCCAGCUGUAGCUCCGAGCCCAGCACGCCUAAAAGUGCCGCUAAAUGCGAGGGGGACAUCUUCACCUUUGACAGAGCAGCUUCUUUCCCAGCACCAGAUGGAGAAGACAUCUUGACUGAACUGGAGUUUGAUAAGGUGCCGUACACUUCCCUGCGCCGAACGCUGGACCAGAGGAGAGCACUGGUCAUGCAGCUGUUCCAGGAGCAGGGCUUCUUCCCAUCAGCUCAGGCCACUGCAGCCUUCCAGACGAGAUACUCAGAUAUAUUCCCCACCAAGGUGUGUCUGCAGCUGAAGAUCAGGGAGGUGCGGCAGAAGAUCAUGCAGACAGCUGCUCCUUCCGACAUCUCUAUUUUAGGCGGCUCAGACUCAGCCGGCUCCAUCGCUGGACCUUCUGGGUCUCAGUCAGGGGAAGGAUCUUUGAGAGCGGGUGGAGACCCACAGGAUGAAGACAUGGAACACGGGACAGAAGCGAGCCCGGAGGAUCCUCGUGAUUCACAUGAUUCUUCUAGAUGAGGGGAGCCGGCGAGUUCAAUUGACCCAACCGGUGUCUGUGUGCCACCUCCCCCUAUGCACUUUUCCUUAUCAAUAGUCUCCACUCUGCUCUUGCCAGAUCACGAUUUCUUCCCAUCAUCGGCAUUCGAAUUCUGAGAGUGAGAGACAUUUGUAUGCAAUGUCGGGACCUAUUUUUUUUAAUAAUCUGUGACCAUUGUACCAAAAAAUAAACAAAAAAUUUAAAAAGAACAUCUUAAAAACCAGUGGCACAAAAACCACCACACAUACACCCUGGAAAACUUUGAAUUCUCACACUUGAAUUAGCACUCUGUAUUAACCCACCUUGGAGAAAGCUCCCAUUGAUGCCAGUAAACGAAGGACCAUUGUGUACAGCUGCACUCAUUUGCCUUGAAGAAGAAAGUCUUCCCAUUUUGGAGGGAGAAACACGCUCAACCCUUUCUGAGACAGUGAAAAGCGGGCGGUUUUAAGAGAAGACGUCGUAGGGUUUGAUAUUUGUUUUGUUUUUAAUAGUUUUAGAGGAGUAAAAGCAGUUCAGUACCUGCUCGAGGAACAAACCUGUACCUAGUGACUAACUGUUGUGAGCUCGUCUUUGUUUUUCUGCUGACAUUCGGGGGCUGGGCCCUCAACAGCCAGAAUUGAUUUGAAUUUGACAAGUUGUUGCAGUGGACCUGGAAAAGUUCUUGUGGGGGGGGGUCCACUCAUAUGUAGACCUUCAGGAGAGGCCUACUGGGAGUGACUGAAAAACUGACUGAAAUUUAAGUGGACUUCUGGCAGUGCCAUCAUUCCUGCAGUUACCUGACUGGCCUCCUCCCUCCUCGCGACUGACCCUAGCACAUGCCAGCGGGUAGGGACGAGCAUUCCUGUGCCUCUCAUUCGCUAGCCAUUGAAGGAAGGAAUGUCAGAGUCAUCGGGCACAUCCAGGCUCUUACUCGUAGGACCUCGAUCCUCUGUUGCCAAGCAGUUUUAUUACCGUUUUGUUUUGGGUUUUUUUUUUUAAAGUAAUUUGAUUUGUAUUUAACAUUGUCAUAUUCACUUUGUUGUUGUACUAUUCCUAUGGUUACUAUUAUUAUUAUUAUUAUUAUUAUUACUACUACUACUCAUAUCAUUGCAGUGAAUCCCUGUCCUUAGUUCUUUUUAUCAUUGCGGGCAGAUGUUUCCUUUCUUUCUGUUUUUUUGUUUUUAUAUACUUUUGGAGGCAGGUGAGAGAUGCUGCUCCACACCUGUACAGUUCCUCCGUUGUAGUCUUCCCUUGGCUGGCGUCUCACCUCAGCAAGGACCUGCGGUGCAGUUAAUCUUUUUUCUUUUAUUCUUUUAUUAUUCGUUUUAACAGAGACAGACCUGACGUGGACCUUUAUAUUCAUUCAGCAGUAAUAAGCCGUAUGGUUUUUAGACAACCCACACCCACCCCUCCAGCAAUGCCUCUCUGUCCCUCGAUAAGUUUUACUCUAUAGCCUCAACGUACAUCUCCUUCCUCCACCCCUUUCCUCCCCUCCUUCCUCCCUUUGUCACUUUAUUGCUCUUUCUAGACCUCCCUUUUUUAGGCCGGGCGGAGAGAAACCCGGGGGAAGUGACGGGAGGGUGACAAAUCAAAGAGCGCUGGGUGGAUAUAAUACUGGUUGUGUCUUUGUGCAAGACUUGGUUGUGUUGUAAAUAAUUACUGUAGAGUCAGUAGACUCGUUAUAUUAUUGAUAAGGAAAACUGUCAUUGAACAUAAGUUGACUUUUAAGGCACCAUUACUGAAGGUAAAACACAUGAAAUGGGAAAAAAAGCAACUAUAAUAAAUAUGGCUAUUAAUGUUUUUGUGUUUUACUCCUUGUUUUGCUGUUCCAGUAUGCAGGAGAGGAAUUUAUAUAAAUUAAGUUUGUAUCUGUAUCUUUCAGUAUGCAAAUAAAAAUAGGUGUUCAAUUAAA